AUGACAAAACUCGUGGGCGCUAUUGAUCAAGGCACCACCUCAACGCGCUUUGUUAUCUUCGACGAUCUCGGUUCCAUCGUCACCUAUCAUCAAAUGGAAUUUGAGCAGCACUAUCCUCAUCCUGGCUGGGUAGAGCACGAUCCUCACGACUUGCUAGCAACAGUGCAAAGCUGUGUCGAGCAAGCUGUACGCAAACUCGAGGCAACCGGAAAAUACCAUGCGAGCGAUAUAGCCGGUGUUGGUAUCACGAACCAGCGCGAGACCACAAUCGCCUGGGACGCCGAGACGGGCGAGCCGCUGUACCCUGCCAUUGUUUGGAGCGAUGGACGUACCGCCGCCACGGUGCACCAGCUUGCUGAAACGUCCAAAGAGGGCGUAAACGCAUUGCAGCAUAUUUGCGGGUUGCCCCUGACCACCUACUUUUCGGCUGUCAAGCUCAGGUGGAUGCUCGAUCAUGUGCCUGCAGUCAAACAAGCUUUAGACCAGGGGCGGCUGCGUUUUAGCACCGUCGAUACUUGGCUGAUAUACCAUCUGACGGGCGGUUCCAAAGGCGGCAUAUUGGUGACGGAUGUUACGAACGCAAGCAGAACCAUGCUGAUGGACAUCCACACCUUGCAGUGGAGCCAAGAUGCUAUAAACUUUUUUGGGUUCCAGGGCCUUCAACUUGCGAAAAUCGUCUCAUCGUCUUCAGUUUAUGGGAACAUUGCCAGUGGUGCGCUGGAAGGUAUUCCAAUAGCCGGCUGUUUGGGCGACCAACAAGCUGCCCUAGUGGGCCAAAAGUGCUUCAGUGUUGGUGAAGCGAAAAACACCUAUGGCACCGGCUGCUUUAUGCUUUUCAAUAUCGGUUCAGAGCCUGUACUGUCGAAAAAUGGACUAUUGACUACCGUCGCGUACCAACUUGGAUCCGACAAACCCGUGUAUGCUCUCGAAGGCUCAGUGGCUGUCGCUGGCUCGUCGAUUCAGUGGUUACGUGACAACAUGAACAUCAUUUCAGAAGCUAAAGAGAUCAAUGACCUGGCAAGCCAAGUUGAGGAUACGUCAGGCGUUUAUUUUGUCACGGCAUUCACGGGCUUGUUUGCACCGUACUGGCGUGACGAUGCGCGCGGCACGAUUUGUGGUAUCACCCAAUAUACCAACCGCAACCAUAUUGCCCGAGCCACGCUCGAAGCUGCGUGCUACCAAUCUAAGGCAAUUCUAGAUGCCAUGAACCAAGAAUCUGGCAAGCCUCUCAAGUCACUCAAGGUGGAUGGUGGCAUGUCAAAUUCAGACCUGGCAAUGCAGAUCCAAUCGGAUAUACUGGGCAUUGAUGUGGAUCGACCAGCCAUGCGCGAGACGACCGCUUUAGGUUCGGCGAUUGCAGCGGGUCUUGCAGUCGGUAUGUGGAAAGAUGUGCAUGACAUGGAUAAAGUCAAUACAGAAAAUAGCACAUUGUUUACCUCAGGAAUAACGGAUGAAAAGCGGCAGGAAAUGUACGCUGGCUGGAAGGAAGCCGUUCAACGAUCGUUUGGGUGGGCUAAGUAA